AUGUUAUUACGUAACGGUAAAGGUAAUGGAUGCCGUCAAAGGAAACCUGAAAACCUGAAUUUUAUUAUUCAACUUAUCGACUUAGCGACGUAUUAUAAAUUGUACGACGUUGAAGAAUUUAAUAAUAUAAGAAUUGGCAUAAAUAUGGAACACAUCUGA